AUGUCGUCCCUGCUAGAUGAUGGCCAGCAAAUUCCGGAUCCACAGCAAGAUACGCCCGAUUAUCGCGCCGAAGAGCCUCUCUGGGUAGCGUAUAAGCUGCAUAUGCGCGAGAGAAAUCGUCCCUACCGCUUAUCGCCGCACCGCAAGAAAGUCGGCUUACUUCCAUCCUGGGAUUAUGCAGACAACAUGGGUUGCACGUGCUGCACAGUAUACAAGCGUUUGACGCCGCUCGCCACGUGCGCCGUCAUCACGACACGCCAUUUCUUGACGACGGCUUCUUCCGUGGAGCUAGUGCUGCGGGGGCACAGGGGCCAGCGUUCGCUCGAAAAUAUACUAGGCGUGUGGUACGACCAUAACAUAUAUGCUGAUAACAGCUCCUUCUACAUGUCAAUCGCGCGUAUUCACUACCACCCAGAGUUUCAACGUCCAGAGAAUGUAAACCGUUCUCACCCGCUACCGGCGACGUUUGACCUUGCCGUGCUGGCGUCUACCUAUAAUGUGUACGGGUGGUACCUAUGGAAGAGCACUACACGUAUUUGCCCACGCGCAUCGUCGAGCUGGUCACAACAGGCAUCACCGUCACCUAUUCGAGGACACGAGCGACGCGAGAUUCAAUACUGCGUGGGUUACCAGUUCAUGUGGAGCUACAACCGCGUGCCCACGCCUUUUCACAAAUACUUUGUCCGUACAGAAGAAUACGGGCCGUGUGCGAAAAAGGAGUGGGGCUGGUUCAUCUGCAUCGAGGGCCAUCAGUGGGCAAAGCAUGGCAUGGAUUCUGGUAGUACGCUAUUUCGCACUCACGACGGCUAUGACAAGCGUUACGACGGGCUGGUGGGCAUGCUCACGGUAUCCAUGCGGCUCCGCGAGCCUACAAUCAACCUUUAUUAUACAGUACUGGACUGCCACUUCGUGUUAGACUUCCUUUACCUGGCCUACAUGGGCCGCUUACCCUACGAGUACCUAGACUACCGCUUCGAGGAUACUCAGUGGGCUGCGCCUCGUCCGCACCCUUGGGCUUGGAUUCGCCAUGACUAUACUUUGGGGGAGCAGCACCUAUACGAAAUGCCUUGGUGGUGA